AUGUUGAUGCGUGUGAAUGGGGAUAUAGAGUCCGAAUCUGAAUAUGAUGAGCAAGACACCCCUUUAGUGGAUGAUGAUGAAGAUGAUGACCAAUUACAGACUUGUGAAACAGGUGAAGCACUUGUGGUUAAGAGAAUGGUAGUUGUACUAACGUUGCAAGUAUUGUUGGUUGACAAGUUAGGGCUGAAAACGAAAAAGCAUCCCAAUCCAUACAAGCUACAGUGGUUGAAUGAUGCUGGAGAGUUAAAGGUCACUAAACAAGUUCUUGUGGCAUUUUUCAUUGAAAAGUACAAGGAUGAAGUGUUGUGUGAUGUUGUGUCAAUGGAUGCCACUCAUUUGUUGUUGGGACGUCCGUGGCAGUUUGAUAAAAACGUGAUGCAUGAUGAUGGUUUCACAAAUAAAUAUUCUUUUAUGAAUGCAGGUAAGAAAAUCACCUUAGCACCUUUGACACCAAGUCCAGUGCAAGAAGAUCAAGUUCGUUUGAAAAUGAACAGUGAAGAAGCAAAAGGGAAGAAAAAGAUGAACGUGUAUGCAAGCAGAAAAGAAAUCAGGAAAUGUCUUUCCUCUCAGCAGUCUUUACUUAUUUUAAUGUAUAAUGAGCAUUGUUUAUUGGGUGAAAUUCCCACUGAUUUGCUUGUGUCUAUUUCAUCUCUUUUGCAGGAAUUUGAAGACGUGUUUUUAGAUGAGACACCGAGUGGAUUGCCACCUAUUCGGGGCACUCAGCAUCAGAUUGACUUUAUUCCGGGUGCCACUAUUCCAAAUAGGCCAACAUAUCGAAGUAAUCUCGAAAAAAUGAAAGAAAUUCAUAAGCAAAUCACUGAGUUGAUGGAGAAGGGUUACAUUCGAGAGAGCUUGAGUCCGUGUGCUGUACCAUUGUUGUUGGUGCCAAAGAAGGAUGGAACGUGGAGAAUGUGUGUUGAUUGUUGA